AUAAAAGAGUUCAGUAAUGAACAGCGGUCACGCAAGUAUUCCUGGUGGAACUUUCCGUGUAUCGUCCUGUACCAGCAGUUUCGACAAUUUCUGAAUCUCUUUUAUCUGAUUUUAGCCCUUUCGCAACUGUGGCCGCCAAUCGCAGUUGGGCCGGCUUAUACUUACAUCCUCCCGCUUGCCUUCACGUUGAGCAUUACGCUGCUGAAGGAAUUCUUGGAUGAUUGGAAAAGGAGAGCAAAAGAUUGGGAAAUCAAUACUGCGGGAUAUCAAUGUAGUUCUAGCUUUUGGCUGAAAAACACCUUCCUAGCAGAUGAUUGAAGAUUAUGUUCUUCAGCGCGAGGACUGGUCUCGGAUGGCAAUCCCCUUGGAAGGACAUAGAACUAGAUGUACCGGUUUCUGAAAUAUAGUCCAUCAGCUACAUUCGGAAAUUAUUUUGAGGAUAUUCUGAUUAUCAUCAAUCUUCCAGGUAUUGAUCCCGAUACUGGUGCUUUGCGCGACGUCCCGGCUCGAGACAUCCGAGCAGGCGACUUCAUAUUGUUGAAAAGCAACCAGAGAGUGCCCGCAGAUUGCCUCUUUAUACACACGACGAGUAAAAGUGCGCAGACCUAUGUGAGGACCGAUCAGUUGGAUGGUGAAACAGACUGGAAGUUGCGAAAACCGGUAGCAUUGGUCCAGCGAAUGUUCAACUGUCAUGCCGGUGCACCUGGAAGGAGAGGAAGUACAUUGAUAAAGGGCGGGGACAAGAACACGACGACCGAACAACAGAUGAACAGCAACACAAGAUCAUCAUCCUCAGCAGCGAUAGGGGAUCAGCAGCACGGAGGAGGAGGAGUUCUCGUUCCUGCCUCUGGCGCAGCUUCUUUCUCCUCUUCCCCGAACGCAAAGGCUUGCAGCAAUGCGCAGGAAAUGUAUAGGCGUUUAACGAAUUUGCGCGCAAUGUGUCGCGUGGAGAGUCCGCAUAAGGACAUCUACAAUUUUCAAGGCCGUUUUAGUAUACAACCGCAGCAGAAUAAUUAUGCUAGCAUUUCCUCAGAAGGCUUGACGUUGGAGCAUACCCUGUGGCGGGACACGGUCGUAACUGAAGGAGACGUAGUUGGAUUCGUGAUUUUUACUGGCUGUGAAACACGA